GUCCGAGCUCAGGGACAAACGCGCGCGCGGAACCUCCGAGUGUCCACGGGUACUACCAACGUACUCACCGCCGACUUACGCUCUAGCCUAGCCAGAAAGAAAAAAGUCUCUUCUUCGAAGUCUAGGCGCUGACUACGUAAGUAUGAUAUCCGCAAGGUCUGCCUUAUCUGGGCAUGUGGGUCGCAGAGUGUUAGGUUUCGGGGCAUACAGAGCAUUGGCCCCGCUGCGCGAAGUCCGCCCGUCUUGUAUAAAAGGUGGGAGGUGGCCCGGUGGUGUUGGGAGUUUGGAUAGAAAGAUUGGUAUCGUUAGGUGGACGAGUAGUAUUUCAGCAGAACAAUCGCAAACCACACAACACACAUCAUCACCACCGCCACCACCCAAUUCUACUCCCAAACGACCCCUCUAUAUCCGCCUCCCCAUCGCCCUCGCACUCACACUCCUCACACUCACCAGCGGCUUCGUAAUCGCCGGUUUCCCCGCCAUGGCCUCCCUCCAAGACCUCGCGAACCCACCUACCGACGCCGAAACCCUCGAACUCUUCACCCCCUCCACAGAAGCCAUUGCAGAAAUAGAACGAAGCAUAUUCGACCACCCUCUCACAAAAUCUCUAUUGGAGGAUCCCAAAUACAUUGCUUCGCGGCCACAUCUCAAGAUACCAGAGGGCCUACGGGCACAAAACCUCACAGGCGGUACACUACUCGGCCCGGAUAAGAUCGCCGUCCCCCCAAUCCAAUUCAGCACAGCCGACGGCUCGGAAUUCGUGUCAUUGCAAUACUUGGGAGAAGCGCUGUGUGGCCAUCCUGGUAUCGUUCACGGCGGCCUGCUAGCCACCCUUCUCGACGAAGGACUGGCACGAUGCUGCUUCCCCGCGCUGCCGAAUAAAGUGGGUGUGACAGCAAGUUUGAAGAUUGAUUACAAGGCGCCGUGUAUGGCGGGGCAGAUUGUUGUGCUAAGAGCCGAGACGACAAAGGUUGAGGGGCGGAAGGCGUGGGUUAAGGGACGGUUGAUGACGCUGGGGAGUGAGGAGAAGGAGGGGGUUGUGUUGACGGAGGCGGAGGCGCUGUUUAUUGAGCCGAGGCAGGCGGCGCAGAUGAAGAGGGUUGUUAAUUAGAGGGUGUGUUUUGGAGCAAGGUGUUCGCGAAUGUCGUGGACGUUGGUGGAUUGCUCAGCGAUAGACUUCUAGAAUUCCGAUAUGCGGAGAGGUUCGUACAGCACAAUUCCUCUACGACCUCAGAUGUGCCAUCAAAACACGGUGUUGAGAACGUUGUAGUCUGAGUCGAUACUGUGAAACAUUGAUCGAAAGACAGUGGUAUGCCGGGUGGGAGGACGUUGGAUAUGCUUACCAUGCAUGAUGACAGUCCACUUUACCACUGGAACAAGACAUCUCACUCAAGGUAUAUGUUGAGCGUCAACGCGUCUACUUCAUCAGGGCGAACAUCACAUGCAGACUAAAUAAUUUGGUACGACACUCGCUUCUUUCAUU